CGUUGAUAUUAAUGGGGGUGAAGUAUAGUAUGGCAGUGGUGGCGUCGGUCCCGAGCCCUGGGUAGAGGCGCGCCAUCAUCCUCACGCUCUCUCUCGCCUCAUCUUUGCGAUAACAUAAUUUGACAGAAUGCCGCCCGUUGAAAUCCAGUGGUGCGACCAUUCUUCGGUACUUUUAGAGUACUUGCGCCAGCUGUAUGAAGAAGGCCGUUUUGUUGAUGUUGGCCUGGAAUGUGAGGGUCGCCAGGUCAAAGCUCACAAGGCUGUUAUAUCUGCAUGCAGUCCUUAUCUAGAGGGGCUGUUGAAGGGCAAUCCUGCAAGAAGUCAUCUCAUAAAAUUCAAUGGCUACUCAUACAACAGCUUAAGAGCAGUCAUAGACUUCAUGUACAAUGGUAAAGUGAUGGUGGAGCAGGAAUAUCUUGCAGCCUUCCUCAAGCUAGGCCGUGCUCUCCAGGUGCGAGGAAUACUUGAUAUCGCUGCCCAGUGUGAGGAGGCUGGUCUUACCACUGCUGAAGAAACAAAAUCUAAUGCACAGUACAGUACUACAGUUCAGCAACCACCUAAGACUGCUCCACAGCCAGCAGGAAAGAUGGUACAACAGGCCUCUGCUGCUACAGAAACAAAAGCAGAAACAAAAAAAUAUGCCUUCCUUCUAGAUAAAAGUUCCUCCAAUACGGCCAAAAAACCUGGACCACAGUUCCGCAAAGUGAUGCCCAAUAUUAUUGGUACAGUGGAUCAGCAAGGUAAUAUUAAUAAAGUAACAAGCAUUGGUGCUGCUCAGGUAGCACAACAACAACCACAUCAACAACAAACUGUUCAUCAACAAACUGUGCAGCAGACACAACCACAACAAACAGUCCAACAGGUUGUACAGGAACAACCUCAACAAGUACACGAGGAACAAACACAACAACUACAGCAUCAGUCAGAGGAAAGUGUAGGUGGAGGGCCUCACACCCAGCAGCAGCAGCAACAACAAGAAGCAGCUCCAACUACACUUGAGGAGUUACAACAGGCACUUUCAUCUGGUCAAGCAAUCCUUCAAACAACAGACAAUGGUUCAGAACAAACUCUUCAAAUGGUUGAGGGACAGUGUGUGGUUACUGGAUCAGGUCAGACGUACGUCGUGGUGCAAGAGGGAGACAAUAUUAGUUUUGUGCCAGCUGAAAUGGUACAAGGUGACUUAGGUGCUGCAGUAAAUGGAGGCCAGGUUGUGGAGGGGCUGGAUCCUGUUGAGCAGCAGCUGGCACAGAUGGAGGGCCAAGUACUUACGCAUAACCAGGCAACUGAGAGCUCUAAUCAACACCAACAGGAACCAAGCGGAGUUCCUGUAACAUCAAGUGGAGCUGUUGUAGGGGACACAGGCUCGUUGGAAACCAUGAGUGUUGUGGAGUCUUUGGUUAAACUUGGAGAAAAACAACCCACAGAAAAUGAGAAUGGUUCUAGUGAAGAGGCAACUGAAGUUGGACCAGACAUGCCAAGCCUUGAUGGAGAUGGAACAGAUGACCGAACAGAGGUUGGUGCAUCUAUGCCAUGCCUUGGAGAUGUAACAGAAGAGGAAGAAGCUGGUGUUGCAUCUGGAGCCACAGAUGGAGUAGAUGCUGAAGGGGUUGGAGAUGAAGAUGCAGAUGAAUCUGUAGAUGGUACUGCAGAAGACACUGGCAAGCGACGGAGACAACCUUCACAGAAGAUGAUCGAGGCGAUGGGUAUGUUGAAGAGGAAAGUUCCAGAAUCUCCCACACAAGGUGGGAGAGGAAAAAAAUUGAAAAACUAAACACUGUGCUUCUGUUUCUGCUAAGUGUUGUUUAGAGUAAGUUCAGACUGUUGGGAAAUCCUUGAAGAAGGCAACAAUUGUGCACAGCACAUGGAUGUCACUCAUCUCAGAUUAACUAAAUUUCCUAAGCUGUUGAUCCUGUGUUAUUUGACCAUUUUAAUUUUUGGGGUUUUCCUUGUGCAAACCUUCCUUGUAUUUCCUGGAAGUCUUAUUUGUACAUAUUUGUUUAGCUCAAGAUAGCAUGCUUAAAAAUCCUGAUAUAUAUAAGCAUGGAGUAUUUCAGCUAGGAAUAGAUACCAAAUACUUUUUGUGUUUAAUUUUUUGAGUGACAAAUGACAUGAAAAGUCUUUUUUUUUUCUAUUUUGUUUUCUCACUGGGUGUUAUUAGGUAAUUUCUCAGCUGAUCAUCAGAUAAUUUAGUUUUUUCUGUCAUAUGUACCCCACUGGUAUGAAUCUAUUUUAAAAGAAAUAUCACCAUCAUGUAAUCAUUGUACCAUUCCAAUUCAUAUCAUGCACAUCUAGUAUUGUACCCUGAGAAAAAUCAUGAUUUUGUAUUAAGCAAAGUGUACGACAUGUGGUCCAGUGAGCUUGGCAAGACAUAAUUGCCUGGUGACCGUAAGUGUUACUGGGUGUUAAUUACUUAACAACUUUUCUCCCACCUUUGUGUUAUAGGAAAAUGAGAAAACAAAUGCCCAGUAAAGAUAGAUUUUUUGGAGGGGACCAGUUUCUUGAGUCUGACACUGUAGUACUGCAACCUGAGUACAAUAUGUGCAAGUGUUUUUCUCUUUCUCUUUCCCUCUCUCCAAGAAAAUUUAAUUUAGAGAAAGUUGUUAAUGUUUAAUCAUGUAACUGUCAACCGCUGCUUCGUUCUUUCUUAUCUCCUCUCAGAAGUGAGGAAAAUGCAAUAUAGUAUUUCUUUUUUAAUUAUUUCCCAGUGGUGGUUGAACACUAGAUGUGUUUAUCACCUUGCCAUCACUUUUUCUUACAUGUAGUUAAGGAUGGCACACACACACACACACACACACACACUUAAGCUGGUGAUCGACUUCAUGCCUUCAAGUGUUGAAAAUCCAAUAGCAUUUAUCAACACAUAUGUUGAUGAACCUAGUACUGUACGUUGUUAUGCUAUCAAAUAAGUAAAGCAACAGUCAUUUACUUACACUUGAGAAAACUCAUCAGUAUUUACAAAGAGGAAGUUUGUGCUCAGAAUUUGUAGAAAAAUAUCAAAAUUGGGAAGUAGUGAAGAAUUGGGAAAGUAUAAUUAACCUUUUAGGAUAAAUUGUAGUGGGAUGAUACAUGCCAGACCAUUGAGAAAUUCACAAUUAGAUUCAUUCAGUAAUUACUAAAGAAUUGUCAAUUGUAGGGAACACUUGUCCAUGAUAGUGGAUCCACAUCAGCCGGUCCAGCACCAAAACAAAUUUUCAGUACUACUGUUAAACCAACAAUAUUCCAGUAAAUAUAAACCUGCAGAUACAGUAUGUAAGAACUUAAAAGAAAUAUGUAAAACACUGUAUUUAACAACCAUUACUUGGUAAACACUGGAUUAUAGUUUUACUGUUAACAUGUCUUUUCAUCUGAUACGUGCAUAUAAGAUUCAAGAUAGAAACCAAUGAGAUAUAUAUAUAUAUUUAUUUAUUUAUUUAUUUUUUUUUUUUUUACUUUUUUUUUUUUUUUUUACUUUUUUUUCUCCUCUCCAAUGUGCUGUUUAGAGGUUCACAUCUAAGUAAAGUAUAACCAAAGAUUGUGGAUCACAUUAUUUUUUGUAUACCUGAGAAUAACUUAGAUCAAUUCAUUUAAGAAAGUUGUUGGUUGCAUAGUGUAUGUACAUAUUAACCUAAUCCUCUGUAUAAGGAUUAAUUAGUGUGUACCAGCAUGAUUUAUCAGUGUGUGCUAGUGUUAAGGAGGGGCAACUACCAUUUUAGUUACCAAAAAGUAAUAAAGUAAAUAUUUGUGAAUAUGCAGUCUUUAACAGUGUAGUUUGUAUCAACUCAAUAAAUUUGGUGACUUUUCCAAUUGAAUAUAAUUUCUAAGUAAAAGAAACUCAUCCAUUUGGUUUGCCAAGAUGAUAUCAUGAGGAGAUGAAGGGGAGUCAUUGUACACCGAUGAUUUGCAGGAUAAAGAUAGAAUCUGGUCACUUAUACCAGGGCAGCAUGUGCAUUACACUUACAUGGUGAAGAAGUGAGGCAAUGUGAAAUUAAGUAACUUUGCCUGAGGGAUUGUUAAUCCACUAAGUGAGGUGUAUAUGUGUGUUCUGGAGAGACUGGCAAUGAUGUGAACAGCUGAAGUCGGGUAAAUUUACUGAGGGGAGGUAUGCCACUAAAGUGUUUAAAUGUGCCAUGGAAGUGGCUUCACCAUAAAUAUAACUGACAUCAGGACACAUGAGUGGAUUCCAACUCUCUUUUCUUGUCCAACUAAACACUUUUCGUAGCCUUAGCCCACCUGGUGAUGUGUUAUUUUUCAGUGACAUGGUGUGGUUUAUCAUUAUUGCUGCUAAAAGAUUUAUAGGGAAUAAAAAUUUUCAUAAUGGAUGGUCUUAAGGGUUACCAGAUCCUAAAUCUAUUUUCCAGUGAUUAAUGGAUUCAUAAUUGCACAACUUUGUUAUUAUAUAAUCCUUCUGGGGAUGUAACCUUGUGAAAAAGUGAGGGUAUACUGUAGAUGAAAAUGUUCCACUCCAUUUAAAAAGGUUUUGGCAAAGGUGAUAGUCUAGUUUUAUUUCUGGACAAUAUUGUGCAUCUUUGCUAAUACCUGUAACUAAAUUAAACUGGUGGAGCAUCAA